AUGUUCCUGAAGGCUGUGGUGCUGUCCCUGGCCCUGGUGGCUAUCACUGGCACCCGGGCUGAGGUCAAUGCGGACCAGGUGGCCACUGUGAUGUGGGACUACUUCACUCAGCUAAGCAACAACGCCAAAGAGGCUGUGGAACAACUCCAGAAGUCAGACAUUACCCAGCAGCUCAAUACCCUCUUCCAGGACAAACUUGGGAACAUGAACACAUAUGCAGAUGACCUGCAGCAGAAGCUGGUGCCCUUUGCCGUAGAGCUGAAUGAGCGCCUGGUCAAGGACACAGAAAAGGUAAAGGAGGAGUUUCGAAAGGAGCUAGAGGACCUACGUGCCCGCUUGAUGCCCCAUGCCAACACCGUGGGCCAGACAAUCGGGGAGAACGUGCAGAAGUUGCAGGAGAACCUGAGACCCUAUACUGAGGGGCUGAAAACCCAGGUCAGCACUCAGGCACAGGAGCUGAAGCACCAACUGACCCCCUACAUGCAGCGUGUGCAGACCACACUGCAGGAGAAUGUGGACAACCUGCAGGCCUCAAUGAUGCCCUUAGCCAACGAGUUCAAGGAGAAUUUUGACCGGAAUGUGGAAGCGCUCAAGGGUCACCUAACCCCCCGUGCCAGUGAGCUGAAGGCCACAAUCGACAAGCACCUGGAAGAGCUGCGCAGCAGCCUGGCCCCGCUUGCCGAGGGCAUGCAGGAGAAACUCAACCACCAGCUGGAGGGCCUGGCCUUCCAGAUGAAGAAGAACGCCGAGGAGCUUCAGACCAAGGUCUCCGCCAACGUCAACCAGCUGCAGAAGACACUGGCACCACUGGUGGAAGAUGUGCAGAGCAAGCUGAAGGGCAACACCGAGGGGGUGCAGAAGUCGCUGGAAGACCUGAACAGACAGCUGGACCAGCAAGUGGAGGAGUUCCGGCGCACCAUGGAGCCCUUGGGGGAGAUGUUCAACAAGGCUCUGGUCCAGCAGAUGGAGCAGUUCAGGCAGCAGUUGGGUUCCGGUUCGGGGGACGUGCAAGGCCAUUUGAGCUUCCUGGAGAAGAACCUGAGGGAAAAGGUCAGCUCCUUUAUGGGCACCCUGGGGAAGAAGGAAAGCCCAGACCAGCCCCUGGCCCUCCCCGUUCCGGAGCAGGUCCCGGAGCAGGUCCCGGAGCAGACACAGCCCAACCCCCAGGAGAGCUGA